GAAGCCACGUCAUCGUGGCCCGGAAGUAGUCCUGAAACACUUCCUGACUUUUUGCGUGGUGGAAAACUCGAGUUUUUCAGUUUAUGUUGUGACAGCGCCUCGACAGCUAUGCCUGGUCCAGACAAAGAAACAGAUCUGACGGAGAGAAUUGAAGCGUUUCUCUCUGACCUGAAACGUGGAGGCAGCGGAACGGGACCGCUGAGGGGUUCGGCGGAAACAGCCCGAGAGACGACAGCCUUGCUCCGCAGGAUAACAGCGCAGGCCCGGUGGAGCAGCGCAGGUGAUCUGAUGGAAAUUAUCCGUAAAGAGGGGAGGAGAAUGAUUGCUGCACAGCCUUCAGAGACCACUGUUGGUAACAUGGUCCGACGGGUCCUGAAGAUCAUCAGAGAAGAAUAUGCCAGGUCUCGGGGAAGCAGUGAAGAGACAGACCAGCAGGAAUCGCUCCACAAGCUGCUGACCUCAGGUGGACUUAGUGAGGAGAACUUCAGGCAGCAUUUCAGUGCCCUUAAAGCCAACGUCAUAGAGGCCAUCAAUGAGUUGCUGACAGAGCUGGAGGGAACAACUGACAACAUUUCCAUGCAAGCCCUUGAGCACAUCCACUCUAAUGAGGUUAUCAUGACUAUUGGCCGCUCUCGCACUGUGGAGGCCUUUCUCAAAGAUGCUGCACGCAAGCGCAAGUUCCAUGUCAUCGUGGCCGAGUGUGCCCCCUUCUGCCAGGGACAUGAAAUGGCAACCAGUCUCUCCAGGGCCGAGAUUGAAACAACUGUAAUUGCAGAUGCUGCCAUAUUUGCAGUCAUGUCUCGAGUUAAUAAGGUCAUCAUUGGAACACAGACAGUUUUAGCUAACGGAGGGCUGAGGGCUGUCAACGGCACACACACGCUGGCCCUCGCAGCCAAGCACCACUCAACACCUCUGAUUGUUUGUGCACCCAUGUUUAAGCUCUCGCCUCAGUUUCCAAACGAAGAGGAUACCUUUCAUAAGUUUGUUUCUCCACAUGAGGUGCUUCCAUUCACUGAAGGUGAAAUUCUCUCAAAGGUGAAUGUGCAUUGUCCGGUCUUUGACUAUGUCCCACCUGAGCUCAUCACGCUUUUCAUCUCUAACAUUGGAGGACAUGCACCAUCGUACAUCUACCGUCUGAUGAGCGAACUUUAUCACCCAGAGGACCAUGAACUCUAAGUGUCACUAAAAAAUAAAUAAAUUAAUUAAAGUAAAUAAAUCCA